AUGAUCAGUCUUAGGCAUCUUGAGAUUGACCAUUGUACUGGUUUGACUCACAUGCCAAAUGGUCUGGGCCAGUUGACUGCUCUUCAGAAAUUAACACAGUUUAUAGUUGGAGAGUAUUUCUACUCUCUUAAUCUCAGUGCGUGGCUGAGGGAAUUAAAAGGCCUAAACAACCUCCAAGGAGAGUUGAGAAUUGCAAAGUUAGAAAACUUGAAAGUUUCUGCAAUUGAAUUAGAGGAAGCAAACUUGAAGGGAAAACUGAACUUAGAGGUCUUGAGAUUAGAAUGGACCAAAGAAGUUAACGAUCACAGUGUUAUUGACGAAGAUGAAGCACUGUUAGAAGGCUUCCAGCCACAUUCUAAUCUUAAGGAGUUUCACAUUUACGGGUAUAGAGCUGGAAAGUUUCCAAAUUGGAUGAUGCUUAACUUGUCUUUGUUACUCCCAAAUCUGCUAGAAAUCAUUACAUGGAGAUGCUACAGAUGCUUAGAACUCUUGAUAUUUAGUCAGCUACCUAUGCUCAAGGUUCUGAAGCUUGAAGAGAUUAUUGCUUUGGAGUACAUAGAGAACAACAGUAAUGGGUCUUCUUCAUUGUCUUCAUUUAGGGGUAAUCAAUUAAAUAGAGGAGAAAGAGUAGAGCAAUCGACAGUGCUCUUUCCGAGCCUGCAAGAACUUAGACUCUUUGACUUGCGUAAUUUAAAGGGAUGGUGGAGGGAAUAA